AUGAUUAGAACUGCCAAGAAAGCAAAGAAAAGCACGAAAGUAUAUAAACUAGCUGAAGUAGAAGGAAGACGAGAUUACCAGAGGCAAAUAAACACAAUGAUAAUAGAUUUGGAAAAUAGAGAUAGUGAUUACAACCUAGAACAAAUGUGGGGCUGCUACAAAGGGAUACUACAUAAAGCGGCAGAGUCAGUUUGCGGAACUGUGACAACAGGGGGAAGGAAGAAAAAGACCCACUGGUGGAACAAAAAAACACAAGAAGCAGUAAAGAAAAAGAAAGAUGCUUGGAAAAAGUACCACCAAUUAGGGACUAUAGAAUCAUAUGAGGAAUAUAAAACGUGCAGAAGCAUUGCCAAAAUCACAAUUAAAAAAGAAAAAGCAAAGGAGUGGGAAGAAUUUGUGGAAAAAAUGGAGGAGAACAGAAAAAGUAACCAAAAACUUUUCUAUGCGAACCUAAAGCGAUUGAGACAAGAAGAAAACAAAUCAGUGAGUCAAAUCAUUAACAAAGAAGGACAGAUUCUCAACAACCCCACGGAAAUUCUCGACAGAUGGAAGGAGUACUUCACCGAAUUGCUCGAAGGAACAGAAAAUAAUCAGGAAGCAUCAAACUACGAUGGCACAACGGUAUCAGAACCUAAAGCUGAGAUCACAGAAAACGACAUCCACAUAGACGAAGUAACAUCGGCAAUUAAAUCAUUGAAAAACGGCAAAGCGGCAGGUAUUGACAUGAUCAAACCAGAGAUGAUCAAAUAUAUAUAUGGGCAGAACUGGCACUAA